AUGUUGUCCCGGCCAGCUUUUGGCAUCCGAAAGUCAAAGCCCCAGAAGAAGCAUGAAGGGGCCGACGACUUUGAGGGGUCCUACUUCCAUCACGAUGACGACGACGACAUGGACACGCUCAGCAAAAUUAGAACCUGGAGACCGCCCAUGAGCCUGAUGAAGAGGUCUUCCAAGCCAAGCAUUGACAUUCGAAAGAGCGAAGACCUGCAUCGUAUCAUCUGCAUUCCGCCAUUGCCCGACACUCCGCAGUCGUCAACGACUUCUUUGUGUAGUUACGACAAUGGCACGGCCUACGUUGUGACUACUAUUAGCCCCCGCUCAUCGCCUCCUCGUCGCCCUGGGAGAAGUCCCCUGGCCAGUCCUUUGGCUAGCCCCGAGACAAGCCCCCAAAGAAGCCCGCGAAGGAGUCCGCUUCUUCUUCCCGAACAACUCGAAGAUCAUCAACUAUACCAAGGCAGGCGCUCAGUGUCGGCGCACUCUUUUCAAGAUCACGCUCAAUUAACGCCUCCUUCAUCCCCGCCUCAACAAGCAGUGAUGGCUCCGGACCUACCGGCAGACCUCUCCGCACAGGCGGUAGCUGCCCCCGAAACCGGGGCGGAAAACGUUAACUUUUCCGACGAUGUUCAGCAACUCAUUCAGGAGACAGAUGAGGCUUUCAGGUUACGGCAGUCCUUCCUCGACGCCAAACUCCCCUCAUCUACGCUGGACAAGUUCCCCAAGCUGAAGGAUCCAUCACCACGGUCGCUUCCCGCACGCAGGAAAUCACAGCGGCGCAGUCAAGGCUCGGUCAAGUCAACUCGCUCGGUCAGGUCGGCCAACCCUUUGUCGUCGUCCCAAGCGAGGUUACCGUCUGCCACGCGCCCGAAACGGGCAAAAUCAAAGAAGUCUCGGAGGCGGCCGCGUGCGCCACUAAGGCAAUCUUCAUUGCUGCAAUUGACUGAGAGCGCCAGAGACCUCUUUGGCCUCCGGCUCUUCCACCACCGGAUAGAGGUUGAUGAGAUGCUUCCCGAGAGCACGCUGCAGGAGAUUAGAAUGAGCCGGGCAGCGCAGUGGACGAGGCAUCCGGAGCUGGGCGUGACACACGUGGAUAAAAGGAGUGCAUCGACUACCUCGAUUGAGCCGCUGAACCUCGACUCGGUCGAGACAACAGCAAGUGAAGACGUCGUAACACCCCGUGCCUCUGUUGCAAUCCAAAAGGUAGAGAUUAACCAGGAGGAAUGCAAGACGCCCACGGCGCAAACCUGGGAGCAAGGAGCGGGAAGUGAUCGAGAACAGGCUGGAACGGUGCAGGUACAAUUGCAGCCAGAACAAGGGUCAUCGAUACCUCUACACCAGCCAGACUCGCCCACCACAAAAGCCUACAACGAUGAGGACGGUGAGGAAGGAACGCUACCCAUCAUGAUAAUGGCCGACGACGAGCCGUCGGCCCAGGCUAAGAUGGUCGGGACCCCAGUGCCAUCGAUAAUCACAGGGCCUCUUCACCGCCGUCUGCCGAGCAGGCAGUUGCCGCCCCUUCCCACCAUUCCCGAGAUUGUAGCAACCGGGCCGGAAGGGGCCGUGCUGUCGCCAACCUCGGUGCCAAAAUCGCCUGGAUCUGCUUGCAGGCUUAACCCGGACGACUAUGUGUUCCUCGACAGCACCCCUUUCACAUUGACCAUGCCGGGCUUCCGGCACGGUCAGAUCCGCCUCGCCAAGGCCGACCUUCCCAUCGGCAAGCUCGCCGCGGCUGUGGACGACACGUUGGACUGGACAGCCUUCCAGAUGGCCAUCCUUGGCGGUGCAGGCGACUUUUUUAGCGAACCGACCGACUACUCGCGACCCUCAGAUGCCGAACUCGACGAGCUCGACGAAAUGGUCUCCUGGUUUGGCAGCUUUGGUUUUUCAGGGCCAGGCGCCUUGGUUGGCCCUCCCGAACAAGCGUCACCGACUCCGGUGCAGCCGUGGACCCCAGUAUUCCCUCGCACGCCAACUCUCUCACCACCCUCGGCAGUGUCAACCCCCAUGAGCAGCCCUCGCACCGUGAUAAGCGGUAACCGCAGCCCGGGGUUCCGGCGGAUUGAUCCGCCUACCCCGACCCCGAGCAGCAGCGAAUUUUACCUUGAUCAGAAGACGGCUGAGCUACCGCCAGCGAGCGAAUCCAUCGCGAAUCGAGUUUUCUCUGCCAACGAGGGGCAGCAGCAGCGGCUUAGCCCACCAGCACCAAUCGCACCGAGAUUUAGACGCAGCAGCUGCACCAGCAGUACGUUUGGUAUGCAGCCGCUGUCGCCACCGCCGGCGUACUCGCCUUCGCUUUCCCUCGAGAGCCGCAAGCACGUCGGACUGGCUAUCGACUCGAGCCGGCGCCCCAGCGUGGACAGCCUGCAGAGCCUGCCGCAGAGCCCCAUGAUGGACCUGGUGGUCAGCCAUGACGUCGAGGGCAACGAGUACAUGGUCCCGAUGGGCUUCAACCUCAGCCACGACCUGGGCGAUUUCCUGACAUGGCAUGCCGAGCACGUCUCUGGCUCGGGCUUUGGGACGCCGACGGUGGGCGGGGUUGGGAAUAGGAUUUGA